CAACUAUCCAUAGUUAUUAACUAUGUUAUUAUACUAAGACUACGUUUAUUAAGACUACACAUUAUUAAACCACAUACAUAUGACCAUACCACCAGAAGUCAAACGAUCUCUACUGCACACAGUCAAGUUCAGAAGUAAUGAAAUUGAACUUUUAAGUAGUUUCAUAUCAUUAAAUGCUUCAAAUCUGUCAUCGGCUUUAAUAAUUCAUGGAUAUAAAUCCGUAGGUAAGACAUUUACAGUUGAAAAUUAUUUAACUUAUUUAGGAGUUAGAAAUUCAAUUAUAAGAUGUGAUGAAUGUGUUACUAAUCGUGUACUUUUACAAAGAUGUUUUAAUAAAAUUAAAUCUGAUAGUGGUAAGAAUAAUAAUAAUAAUAAUGAUCAAAUUGAUAAAUUAAAAUUUGGUAAACUGUUAGAAAGUUUUUAUAAUUUUGCUAAUGCAUUAGAAAAAUUUAUUGAAAAUUCAAAUUAUACUGAUCAUCAUGUUUUAGUUCUUGAUAGAUUUGAUCAAUGUAUGGAAUCAACUAAUGAUUUAUUUAUUGCAUUUUUAAGAUUAAGAGAAAUAUCAAAAUUAGAUAAUUUAUCAAUUAUAUUUAUUAUAUCAACUGAUAUUCCAAAGGAAAUUGUAACUUCAACAAUUCCAACUAUAUAUUUUAAACCAUAUACUGAAAUUCAAAUAACUGAAAUACUUCAAAGUUCUCAAUCAUGUUUAUUUGGUAUAGAAGAAAUUGAUAAUAAUCCUUCAAGUUAUGAAUUUUGGAAACAAUAUGCAAAAAUUGUCGUAGAUUUAUUCUUUUCUUAUACGGGAUCAGAUUUAAAUUUAUUAAUGGAUAUUAUUAUAAAAAUUUGGGAUAAAUUUAUUGAACCAGUUAUAGAAGGGAAAUAUAAUGUAAAUGAAUUUGUUAAAGUUUACAGACAAGGUUCAGAAUUAUUUACUAAUGAAAAUGUUAUUAAUAAUUCAUUAAUAAGAGAAUAUCUGACAUUACAAGAAGAAAAACCAACUACUAAUGGGAAUGUAGAAGAUUUACCUAUCCAUUCAAAAUUCAUAUUAAUAGCAUCUUAUUUAGCAUCUUUUGUAGAACAAAAGGAUGAUCUACAUAAAUUUUCAAAAGUUAAAGCUGUUAAAUAUAAGAAGAGAGUAUUUAGUCAUAAACCAAAUACAAAAAAUGAUAUAGAUUCAAGAUUAUUAUCACCAGGAUUUUUUGAUUUAGAAAGAAUGUUUGCAAUUUUAUCGGUGAUAUAUAGAAAUACUGCUCCAUCUUUAAAUCAACAAACAGAAAUUAAUCUUGAGAAUGAUGUAGCUCAAAUUGAAGAAAAGAAAGAUAUAGAAAGAGCUAAAUUCACAUUAAGUAGAAAUACUGAUUUAUACAGUCAAGUAGCAACUUUAUUUUCAUUGGGAUUAAUAAGUAAAUCGGCUGCUUCCGAUAUCUUAGGGGCUAGAGUUAGAUGGAAAUGUAAUAUUAGUUGGCAAACAGCUGAAGCUUUAUGUAAAGAAGUUGAUUUCCCUAUAUUAGAUUAUUUAGCGGAUGAACCAUAAUUUCAUUCAUUCAUGUAUUUAUAUAUGUAAUUGUAAUUGUAAUUGUAAUUGUAAUUUAUAUAUCUUCAAAAUGUAUUUGUUCAACAGAAACGAAAUCUUGACUACCAACUUUUCG